AUGAAGGGGCCAGGGCCACCACUACGGCGUGAGGCAGGGCCGGGUCUGCUACGAGAUGAAGGGACAUGGGACAGGGACAGGUACAGCGGGUACCCGCUGACCAUCGAGGGCUUCGCCUACCUCUGGUCUGGGGCCAGGGCCACCUACGGCGUGAGGCAGGGCCGGGUCUGCUACGAGAUGAAGGUGCUGGAGGAGAUCUCGGUGCAGCACCUGCCGUCCUCAGAGCCCGACCCGCACGUGGUGAGAGUGGGCUGGUCCCUGGACUCCUGCAGCACCCAGCUGGGGGAGGAGCCCUUCUCCUACGGCUACGGCGGCACCGGCCGCAAAUCCACCGACGGAAAGUUCCAGAGCUACGGAGCCACCUUCGGAGAGAGCGACGUCAUCGGCUGCCUGGCGGAUUUCGAGGCGGGCGAGGCGGUGGAGCUGUCCUUCCUGAAGAACGGGCGCUGGCAGGGCGUGGCGUUCCGCGUGCCCAAGGCGGCGCUGGCCGGCCGGGCGCUGUUCCCGCACGUGCUGGUGAAGAACUGCGCCGUGGAGUUCAACUUCGGGCAGCGGCCGCAGCCCCUGCGCGCCCUCCCGCCCGGCUUCCAGCUCAUCCAGAACAUUCCGCUGCCAGACCGGCUCCGGGGCACCCUGGGACCCAAGAGCAAGGCCGAGUGUGAGAUCCUGAUGAUGGUGGGGCUGCCGGCGGCGGGGAAGACGACGUGGGCGCUGAAGCACGCGGCCGCCAACCCCGGCAAGAAAUACAACAUCCUGGGGACAAAUGCCAUCAUGGACAAGAUGAGGGUGAUGGGUCUCAGGAGGCAGAGGAACUACGCGGGGCGCUGGGACGUGCUGAUCCAGCAGGCCACGCAGUGCCUGAACCGCCUGAUCCAGAUCGCAGCCAGGAAACGCCGCAACUACAUCCUGGACCAGACGAACGUGUACGGCUCGGCGCAGCGGCGGAAGCUGCGGCCCUUCGCGGGGUUCCAGCGCCGGGCGGUCGUGGUGUGCCCCACGGACGGCGAGCUGCGCCGGCGCACCGCCCUGCGCACCCUGCAGGAGGGCAAGGACGUGCCCGAGCACGCCGUGCUCCAGAUGAAGGCCAACUUCACGCUGCCGGAGGCGGGCGAGUUCCUGGACUCGGUGCAGUUCGUGGAGCUGCAGCGGGAGGAGGCGGCGGCGCUCGUGCGCCGCUACAACCACGAGGGGCGCAGCGCCGCCGGCACCGGCACCGGCACCGGGAGCGGGACUGGAACUGGGAUUGGAACGGGAACCGGCACCGGGAGCGGGACCGGCACCGGGAGUGCCCGGGGGGAGCGGCCGGAGCGCGGCCGCCCUUCCGGAACCUUCCAGGGCCGCGGCUCCCGGGGCUUCCCGGGGCACCGGGGGUUCCGCGGGGCGGGGAGCGGAACGGGUUUCCCCCCCGGGGGUUUCCCCCCCCCCUCGCUGGGCCGGCGCCCCUCCCCCCCCCCCCCCGGCGGGAGCCCCCCCUGCGCCCGCCCCUCCCCCACGGCGGCCUACGGACAG